AUGGGGCUGAUGCCCGACGCGGGUGACGCGCGGCUCUGCCGGGCAGGCAUCAAAGCGUUAACCACUCGCUCGCCUCCGUUUCCUGUCCUGUUUCUCCUUUUCCUUCCCAAAGUUUGGGCAGAGCCCAUGGCCGCGGCGGCAGCUCCGCUCCAGUCCGGGCAGCGCAGCCCCUUUCAGCGGCAGCUCUCGGGUGCAGGUGCCCAGGGGGGUCAGGACUUCAAGGUCCACCAGCCCCAGGACAAAGUGUCGGUGAAAGCGGGGGAGACGCUCACCCUGAACUGCACCCUGUCUGGAUUCAGUGAACUUGGUCCUGUGAAGUGGCUGAAGGGCUGGGGCAGUGGGAACAAGACCAUCUAUGCAGACACGGUCUUUGCUCCCCGUGUGACGAGAGCCGUGAACGGGUCAGACACAGACUUCACCAUCCACAUCAGGGAUGUUCAGCCCGAGGAUGUCGGCACCUAUUACUGCGUGAAGUUCACCAAGUCCCUGAGCGGUGGGGAUGUGGUGUUUCAGCGUGGACCUGGCACAGAGGUGUCUGUGCUUGCCCAACCCUCCCCCCCGAUCGUGUCCGGGCCCAACCAGAGAGCAGGGCCGGGGCAAUCGGUGGCUUUCAACUGCACGGCUGGAGGGUUCUUUCCCAGAGACAUCAGCGUGAAAUGGUUCAAGGACAGGGCCCCCAUCUCAUCUCAGCUGCCCCAGGUCACUGAAUGGCGGGAGAAAUCCUACAACAUGUCCAGCAGUGUGACAGUGGUCCUAGGGGAGGGUGAUGUCCCCUCACGGCUCAUCUGUGAGGUGCAGCACUCUGCGUCACAGACCCUGCUGCGGGGGAUGUACCAGCUCAACAGAGUCCUGAGAGUUUCCCCCAGUGUGGAUGUGAGCCCUGACCAGACGAGCCCCAUUGAGCUGAACAAGACCGUGAAAUUCACCUGCCACGUGAAGGGCUUUUACCCAGCAAACGUGGCUGUUUCCUGGCUGGAGAACGGGAUGAAGAUGAAGGUGCAGAACGACUCCCGGCCAUCGCUGUUGCGCCAGGGCUUGUUGGAGCUGAGGAGCCAGGUGGAGGUGCAAGCGACAGAGGAGAGGAAUGGGUCCGUGUUCACCUGCCUGGUGGUACAUGACGGUCAGGCCCCUGUCAACCAGUCAGCCAUCCUGUGGAUUGCCAGCCCGGAUGAGAAGGGACCAAGCAAGUGGUCCCAGAUAAAUAGUGGCAAUUUGCUCAUCUAUGUUGUGGUGGCCGUGGUCUGCUUGGUGCUGGCCCUGCUGGUGGCUGCAAUUCUGUACCUCAUCCGGACAAAGCAGAUCAAGGCAGGUAAAAGCUCACCAACUGCCAGGUUACAUGAACCGGAGAAGAGCAGCGAGGCCACGAUGCAGGAAUCCGACCCCAACAACCUGACCUAUGCAGACCUGAACUUCGACAAGGAGAGGAAGACCAUCCGCCGCAUGGUGGAGAUGGGCCAGCAGUCAGAGUACGCCUGCAUCCAGACCAACCAGGCACCCAACGGCGACGACAACCUCACCUACGCCGACCUGGACAUGGUGCACCUCAGCAAGGCACCCAAGCGGCCGGCCCCGCGCCCCGAGGAGGCCAGCUCCGAGUACGCCAGCGUCCAGAUCCCCAGGAAGUGAGCAGUGGCUGCUGGGACCCCCUGUCCCGUGGGGGGCAGCUCUGCUCCUCCCUGGAGGGUUCUCUUGGAAGCACUGGGAGUGAUGUGAAGAUGUGCUGCGGUACCUGUGUUUUAGGAUGGAAGUGGAGCCCGCAAUACUGUGGUGGUCAUCUCCCAUCCACAGAGACCUGAUUUUUGGGGCCAGCUUGGUCUUAGGGCUGCCCGCUCCACCCCCUUGGGACCCCCCCUGGGGGUCGCUCAGCCUCAGUGUGCGGGGUUUGCCCACGAGCGGGUUCAGCCAGCAGAGCAGCAGCUCUCUGGGAAGCUCCAGCUGGGCUGAGGGGACAGGUACAGUGCCUCCACACCAGCUCUCAUGGGGAUGCCACUGCCUGGCCCACGGCUCCCCGGGACCAGCAGGGCCCCCCACACUGCCUUCUGGGGCUCUGCCACCACGCCUGGACACCACACUCUGGCUUUAAAGGAAGGACCAAAGUGUCCGCCUCUCUUCCCAAGUGUCCCUUCUGCGGGACCUCGGUCUCGCCCCAAGGCCAAGAGGCUGGAAGGCCAUCGAGCCGAGCCCCCACCCUGCUGUCCAGGGGGGCUCCAGGUCUGGCUCCCCAUCACCAAGUAUCCUUCUCAUCAUCAUCAUCUUCCUCUGCACAGCCUUGCCCUGCACCGGGACCCACCAGCACUGCCCCAGGCUUGUACAAAGCGUGCGGGGUCCCCCCAGCCUGGCUCCCCCCGGGAGCUCCCCGCAGGUACCAUGUAACAUGUUUUGACUGUUUGACAUGUAACUGUUAAUUUUUAGAGCUGAACCCCCCUGAUGUUUUUGUGUUGUACGUGGGUGUACUGCUGUGUACUUAACACUAGAAUAAGAUGUGCGAGAUUAAGA